AUGAGCGACGCCGAGGCCACCAAGCCCGUCGAGGCUCAGGCCCCCCAGGUCGAGGAGCAGAAGCCCGUGGAGACCACUACCACUGCCACCACCACCGAAGCUGCUCAAGAGCCCGCCAAGGAGCAAGCCCAAGAAGAGGCCGCGACAGAGGCAAAGCCGGCCGCAGAGGAGGACGACUCGACGAAAAUGCUCAAGACCAAGGGCAAGAUCAACUACGACGACCCCUCCAAGAACCGCAAGUUCGAUCCCUCGGCCCGCGGGGUGACCGACGACCCCGUCGCCAUCCGCAAGCAAGUCGAGUUCUACUUUGGCGACUGGAACUUUCCCCAGGAUAAGUUCAUGUGGGAGCAGGCGCAGGGUGCGGAGAACAAGCCCAUUCCGAUCGCCAAGAUCCACUCCUUCAAGCGCAUGCGCGUGUUCCAACCCUACAGCGCCGUUGUCGCCGCCCUCAAGGACAGCACAUUUCUCGACGUCGAGGGCGACAAGGAGGGCGAGGAGACCGUCAAGAGGAAGAAGCCUUACCAGCCCAACCAGGGCCGCGGCAAGAACGAGGCCGCCACCGUCUACGUCAAGGGCUUUGGAGACGAGACCCCCACCACCCAGUUCGACCUGGAGAGUUUCUUUGCCAAGUUUGGCGAGGUCAAGGGUCUCAAGCUCCGUCGUACAGACGAGAGCUUCUUCAAGGGUUCCGUUUUUGUGACCUUUAUCGACGAGGAGACGGCCAAGAAGUUCAUCGAGACCACCCCCGCGCCGCAGUGGGAGGGGCACGACCUCAAGAUCAUGUCCAAGAAGGCCUACUGCGACGAGAAGAGCGAUCUGAUUCGCCAGGGCAAGCUGGAACCCAGCAACAGUCAGCCCAAGAAAUUCUUUGAAGGGAAAGAGGGCAAGGCCAACGGUGGACCCCGCGACCGCGAUAACUGGAAGCAGCGCCGUGACAACGACCAGAGGAACGGCUUCCGUGGUGGACGCGGCGGGCGCGGCGGACGGGGUCGGGGCGGUCGUGGUGGCCGAGGCGGCCGGGGUGGUCGUGAUCGCCGCGACGAUGACCGUCGUGAUGCUAACACAGAGUCUAGUGCCAAGCCCCGUAUCCAGACAAGCGAGAACGGCAACAAGCGCGCACGCGAGGAGGACGGCGGUGCUGCCGAGCAGCCCGCCGCCAAGAAGGUGGACAACAAGGAGCCCGCCACGUCUGAGGCGUAA